GCUCUAGAUCUUGAUGCGUUCCAAGGAUCAUUAACCACGACAUUCUCGUGGCUGAAAAAGAGGUGAUCAGCCUAUCCCCGAAGCUGUUUCUCAUUCUUUUCACCUUUUAUCCGUUGGUGCUUAUAUAUGCUACUUUGACCGAUGUUGAUGCUAAUCAGGCGAAGUUGAUGAGGUUUCUUUACCAUGGCAACGCUGAUACUUCUGAAUUAGAAUUUAUAGAUAUAGUAGUAGUUGUUGUUUUAUUUUGUUCAAUUUAUAAUCCGCUGUUGGUUGAGUAAAUUUUUGAUAAAGACUUGUAGUUUGUCUUCGACUCCAAAUCGUUUUUUUAUUCAUAAAUUUGCCAGGCAUUGAUUCUUGUUUUACCAGGUGUACGUAGGGACGACGUGAACUAACUAUAACAAAAUGGAGCACCUCAACUUUUCUUGUGAAGACACCAAGGGUCUUCUCACCGAGCGUGAACGCUGUGGGCAAGAUCAACGCGGCCACUCCACUUCCCGCCGCAUCGUUAGUACCAUGUCUUCACGCAAACGCUCAUCAUUUCACACAAGAGCUUGCCUUGCGGGCUUCGCAGCGUCAGCGGCAACUCUUCUAAGUGUAUCAUCCGCAGCCGCCGUGCCCUCAUCUAGCAAUCCAAGCGGAGGGGUGGAUCAGAAAGACAUGCAAAAAAUGCUGAACUGGGCCAUAGACAAGUCAGAUCCCGACCAAGUCAAAUCUCUAGCAGAAGAAUACGAGCGAGCAGGCCAAACGAUCGAAGACGUUUACGGGAAGGACGUUGUGGACCAGCUUUUCGAUGUUGGGUAUUGCUAAUAUGAUAGAUAAGUUGAAGGCCUCAAGUACUUCCAUGAUAUCCAGACUUGUGAUUGCGUAGACCAUAGUGAAUAUCGAAGAUCAAAGGCUGCGAGUUUUGACCAGCACCAUUACUUAGGUUGUCUACUUCUCUUCAUCCGCCUUCCUACUCAUGUUGAAUACAGCACUCGGCCGCAUUUCGUGACUGAGCUCGCGGAAGUUUUGAAAGAGGAAAUGGCUGGUCUACGUCCCUGUCUAACUGGUGAGACGACGAUGCGAAUGGGUAGCGUUCGCCAGUUCACUUCCAACAUUUUUAAGAUGUUCUACCACGAACGCUGGGGAAAUUUUCUCGCCAAAGAAGUCCUCGACUUCGAUGCAGGCGACGUGUCUUCAAAUGCCCCUCAAAAUGAAGAAAACGAGAAGACCCCAAUGCAACUUCACCAGGAACAGCAUGCACAAAGGUGGCUCAAAAGGUGGCGUGCUAGCUACGACUCAAAACAGAAAAUGCAAAGCCUUGUUGCGGCAUCAUCGAUGAAAGUUCAACCAAUGGAGGCAUCGUCACCUGCUGCAACUUCCUCAGGGGUUUAUGAAUCCGAAGAUGCGAAGUGCUUCGAACAUUUCAGCAAUAUUCUCAAGGUCCUUGAAGUCGCAGCUCACGAGUUAUCGGAUUUGAACGUCGCACAAGACGCUGACAAGCUUGGAAUCGUUGAGCCUCUUGUCGAACUAGUUGGGAAUAUGGAGAAUCCCCACUGGCUUGACAAAAAUCAAGGAGAAGAAAUGGAGGAUGCUGGCACAGUGAUGAACAUGAACACUUCUACUUCAUCACCAGUACAACAAAAAGUGAACAGAGGAGCAAAUAAGAAGCAUGUCGCGGCUGUUUCUAAUACACUUCAACGUCAGAUCGCAACGGGUGUGCGUCUGCAUCUAUCCGAAGCUGCUGCCUUUGCGCUUAGCUACAUGUUCCAGAACAACUUUCCGGCGAUGGCCUCGUUUCUGGACAAAUACGGUGACGAUCGAUUCCUGCGUCUUCACGAAUGGGCUAUCCGAGACGGAUUUGUCGUCAGAAAACAGCUGUACUCAGUCUUCAGCGUGCUAUUGCGAGGAGGCUUUCCGCGUGUCGCGGAAAGUGCUCGCAAGUUUCUGGAGCAUGCGUACGAGCAAUUGGACCUCAAGAGAUUAGUGGAAAAAGAUUCUGCUUCAGCUUCACCCGCAUCACAAGCAUUAGACGAGGAAAACGAUAUCGAGACUGUUUCUUCCGCAGCCAAGGUUCGACUGGUAGAUCAGUUCGCGAUGGAGGCGCUUGAGCAGGAUGAGAUCAUGCUGUCGCAUCAAGAAGAAGGUGAAGACACAUCAAAAACUCCCGUGGUGACUCGCGCACAGGCUCAGAAACUGAUGACUCGCCCAAGUGCAGGCUCGUCAGUUUCUCUUGAGAAGAAUGGGACGACCUCUGAAGAGAAAGAACAAACGGAAGAAGCUGCGGCGGUCGCCACCACGAACUCAACAACAGCGAACAUCACAACAAUCAUCUUGCCAACAACCACAGCAGCCGACAGUCUGAUCUCAGUGGGCGAGUAUUCUCAGGCUGAUCGCAUGAAAGAGUUUCGCAAAAUCGUGCGUUUCCUAGCGACUCUGCAUGAACAGCCUAUUUUCAACCUGAAAUCUCUUGGGGAUUACAAUGCGGCACGAAAGUCAGAACUCUGGAACAACUGGGCCCUCCCGGACCUGUCGGAUGCUAGAGAGCUACCGAGACUGGCCUAUGUCGACACCAUCAAGCAAGACUUCCUCAUCGACUUCAUCAACUUGAAACAAGCAGAAGACUCUACUAGCUCGGCCACUAGCACUAGCUCUACAUCUUCAUCCAACGAGCAGACCUCACAUAUUACAAUAGUGCAAGAACAACUGUCGCGUGACACACAAACCAGGGAAGUUGCGAAAAAGCUCUAUGUGCAGCUUCGACAACUUCGACCUGACAUUUUUACAGACGCUACAGUUACCUGGAGUGAUCCUGAUGUUGUUGAACAAGAAGAACUCCUGAGCAGAAACGAUGCACCUACUUCUUCUACAGCAGAUCACCGAGACGAAGAUGUUCGAGAAAACGAGAUUCGCGUGAUAAAACGUAGGGAAGAAGUGACAGCGAACACUACCAAGAGCUUGACAGCAGCGAAGGAGGCAGACCAAGGCACACUGUCGCGAAAGUUGUCCGAUAUCGGCAAGAAGUUCGCGGAUACUGUGUCAGGGAUGUUCAGCGGGGCGGCAACGCGGGCGUCAGAAUUGUAACGGUUGUCGCUCGUAGGGUGUACCCGCCCACCUGUUCAACUACGAGCCCCCACUUGCGGUUACAUAAGAUGCCACAUUUAUUCUCGUACAUCAUGAUCAUUGGAAGCAAGCCAUUGACAUGGCCUGGUUUGAAUCACCACCAUGCUCCUUCACCUGCCCAUGAGAAGAAUCUGCGUGUGCGUCGAUUAAUGGACUCCCCCGAAUUGAUACGCACACGCAUACCUUGAACUUCAGCUUAGCUUGUUUACUUCGUGAGCACUAAUAGCUCACGUGAUGGCUUCGCUCAAAGACCGCAACUCUCACCAAUACCCAUAAUGCCCUUGAUGUUCCCAAAAUUUCAGCGCUCCUUCCCGUUUUCUUCGCGCUGAAGACCAAAUUGCAGAUUAAUUCUAAACAACCUGGCAU